GGGGUGGAUCGAUCGCGGGGGGUGCGAGAGCGACUCGGCCGUCCGCUCACCACGUUUUCCAUUCGCAGCGAACGAGCGAGCACCCUGGCCCGGAAGAGCGGACGAGCAUGGCGCACCUGAGCCAGUGAUGCGCCUUCGACACCCCCGAGCCGCCCCCGAUGGAGCUCAACGGCACUUUGACACCUGAUGCAGCGGGCAACGGCAGCGACUGGAGGGCGGGUUGCCUGCCCUCAGGGUGCCACCCCACCUGGCAGCUGCUGCACGCGCACCUUGGCUGGAUGCUGCUGCUGCACGUCUAUGGAUUCGGCUUCUGCUUCUUCGUCCUCUCAUUCUACGCUUUCUUCUCCAUCCUCAACCUCAGAAUUCUUGCAAAUCCGACAUUUCUGGAGGAGUUCGGGUCGCUGAUCUCGUCGCGACCUUUCAUGGCGACCAUCAACGUGUUCAUCUGCCUGCUCGGCGCCUCCAGGGCAGUCUGCCUCUUCAUAGACCCUUACAGCUUGGCACACUCUUUGCCCAAAGCAAUCGGCUCAAUUUUAUGGGAUAUUGGAUUUCCGUGCGUAACAUCCGGUUUCUGUCUAAUCCAACUUGCUUUCCUGCAGCUCACUCAGUUGAAAUUCGGGCCCGAGAAGCUGAGGAAGAAGGCGUGCCUGUCUUGCAUCAUCACAGGCCACUACAGUGUCAUCAUCGGGGCAGACAUCGCUGUCGCCUUCAACGAACCCUUUCUGGGUGCCAAAUAUUUUCUGCAAGCUUUGUACGUGAUCUGGAGCAUUUACCUUUGCUCUUCCUUCCUCUUCAUCGGACACCGAGUGAAAAAACUGGUUCAGUCUGUGCCAAGCGGUCUUUUGGCCUGCGGUCCUCUUGAUGCCAACCACAAAGGAAUCAUGCAGCUGGCGAUGUUAGCGCCGUACAAUAACCUGGCCACCUCCGUGGCGGCAGCCCUAGUUCCGACCCUGCUGGCGCCUCGCAUCCGCAUCUCAGACGAGCAGGAGAUGACGUCGCCGAAGAGCGGCAAAAGCAGGCAAACGUCUACCUCCACGUGCUCUGUACCAACCAACUCGUCCGAGGUGAGCACUCGGCCCGGUUGCAGCUGGAUGGGCAGUGAGGCCGGCAGCUCGACGUGGCAUAAGGAGGCGCCCUGCGAGGAGGUUGCGCAGCAGCACGAGUCUCUGCUGGGACAGACGCCUGCGUCCCCCAAACCCGCCGACUACACGCUGCACACGGUGCUCAGACACAUCGCGCUCGUCUCGCACUCAACCGCGGCCAACGAUGCUGGCAAGACCAGAAAACUGCAGGUCGAACGGGUUCUGAAGGUGACGACCGCGACGGCGCUGAUGGGCCUGGUGCUUUGCGUGUCCGAGUUCUUCCGGGUGCUAGCAAGCGCGUGGCACCUGCUGGUCGAGCAGCCGACCACGGUGACGAGCGUGGCGUCCCUGCUGGCGCCGCUCGAGCCGCCGUCCAUCUGGCUGUGGUUCACCUUCCACUCGGCGUGCCGUGGCAUCGAGCUGCUGAUGGCUUGCGCCAUGGCCAGCGUCACAAAGCAGCCGGUCGUGCGGCCGCCUCAGCCCUUUUCACCAAUGGCCACCUUCCGCAGCGCCAGACCCUCGCUCUACAUGUGAGAGGCCUGGCGCGUAAUACGCUUGCAAGUUCUUUCGAUGUGAAUUUGGAGGAUUUAUUUUUAGUGACGGCCCAAGUUUUUGUUCAAAUAUUGAAUUGCAGUUCUGGAGUUGACAAAUCUCACUUUUGAAUAUUUUAAAAGUAUUUAAAAAUAUAUAUUUCUCACUUAAUGGUUUGUAUUAAAAUUGUUGAGCCAUUGCUAGAAUUUUAAAUUGGGUUUUGGGAGUUGUAAGAUGAUCGACUGUAUUGGAGUUGGAGGAAUCUUUUUCUGAUUUACGAUUUGACACCAGAAAAGCCACCAUUAAAGAAUCCGUCAGUGAAUUCACCUGAAAUAGAUCCUAAAGCCCUCUUGUGAAUGCAAACUCUGAACAUGUGUGCAUUAAAAUUUGGAAAAAUUCAUAAAAAUUGGUUUCAAAUCCGCUGGAAAAACGUCUUUAUUGUAUUUUUUAUCCGUGUGUUUUUUUAAAUCAUAAUUUUUGUCAAAAAAGUAAUGGUGAAAAUUAAAAUCCAAGGAAACUUCAUAGCAGUAAAUUAACAGGCAGAUCAGUCAUGUAAACGAAUUUGCAAGAAUUUACUAUGAUCAAAUUUAACAAAAACUUUAUUUCAAUUUCACGGCUUGAAUAAAUUCCAUUUGAUAUCAAUGGCCUGCAAUUUGGAAAAUAUAUCAUCAGGAAAGGUCAACCAUUCUAAUUUUCAAGAGGUGUUGAGUAUUUCGUUUGUUUAAUCCAACUGAAUAUACUAUCAAUUUUUGUAUGCUUGUUUUUGGGGCAAGCACGUCUGCUCAAAUAUCUGCUUCAGGCCAAAAUAUACUCAAGAACGUAUAUUAUAAUGUCUAAAACUAUUUCAGUCAUGUUUAGUUUUUAGUUGAGCGCACUGAAUGUGACGAGAUCGAGUUUCCAUUUAUUUUAAUUUAUACUCAAUAGACUUUUCCGUCCUCAUUAACACAUUUGAUGCUUUCGUGACGCAAUCAAAUAGUCACUGUACUCGACACAACAGUAGACUUUUGAGUAUAUCAGUCUUUCGGAGGAUUUUCAAAAAAUCUGCUUUCUUUUUUUUAAAAUCAUUAGGUUUUGAGACAAAGGAGAGUUAUCUGUACGCGUACAAGAUAGGAAACGUAUAUACCUAUAAUCUACAUUGUAUCACCGUUAUACCCAAAACAUUUUAACUGUCUUGAUAAUCACCGGAAAAUCAGAUGUGUGUUGCAUGUUAAAUUAUAACGAAUUUCAACUAAAUGUGAUGGAGCGACAAAUUCUUAAAAGUUAAUCAACAACUCGGAUAUAUGGAGUGUAUUUUUUUAAAAAGGAAAAAGCUGACAUAGCCACCAAUUUUAACACAUAUUUUCCCCUUCAGUUAUCACCGAAUUAUGAAGAUUGUGUUACAAAAAGACCUAAUCUAGUUAGGGUAUGAAUAGGUGAGCGAGAUAUUUACCAGAAAAAAAAACUAAUUUUCGGAUUUUUGUGACAACGGCCUAAGCCAAGAACACCCUCUUGAGUUAAUUUCUGAGCUGUUGUGAGAACAUCAUCGUUGAAAUAAUGUGGUUGUGCUGUUCAUUGUUCAAGUUUUACCAAAUAAUGGGUCUACAUCCUAUAUUAUUAUGUACAGAUUCUCGUUUGUAUUAUGAAUGGAAGAAUCGUCAAUCUGGCAUAAGCCAUAUAUAUUUAUCAAUAAAAGCUGGAUUUUAA